AUGCGAACAGCGUUGGCACUGCUGAAACCUCCACCUGCAGCGCAAGCAGAACCGGCCAACUUGGAUAGACGAUUUCAGCGCGGUGACCUCGUCUACGCCAAGUUCUAUGCGCGGAAUUCAUGGAAGUGGGUUCCGGCGCAAAUCAUACGAGAGUUGGGCAGCGUUAUGUUCGAGGUGCAGACGAACAAUCAACGGGUUCACAGGCGCCAUGUGAACCAGCUCGCAGCUGAUCGUGACGUGAUUCGUGAUUCGGCCGUGGGAGCUUCCAGCGAGGACGUGGACAUAGAUCAUUUGCCGUUUGAUCUGCUGACGGACAGCGCGGUAGCGGAAUCGAGUUCUGUUCCCUUGACGGACCAUCAAACUAGCGCGUCACCCACACAACCAUCUCCACGCCCAAUCCCGUUCGCUACUACAAAACGCCAGCAGCCGAUACGGUCGCCACGCCGGUCUUCUAGACUUAGAAGACUUCCGCGUAGGCUCGAGGGGUAUCGUCUGUAA